CUGUGUGUUCUUCUGUAAAUCGAAGUCUGCGUUUUUAGUUUUAAGAUAGAUUUUACUAUUCGAUGAAGAGUUUUUACCUAACUUGUGUGGGGUUCUUCGAAUUUGGGAAAGAUUGGAACUUUUAUCCUAAUUCCUUAAUUCUGGACUUCUUCAAAUGUAGAUCAAGGCUUAGAACAAUUGAUUAUGUUUUUGUUUCCAUCUUCAAAGAUUGAUUUUGCAUUAUUUCAAUAAAGGAGUAUCUAGCAAAAUGAGCCGAGCACAAGAUCCACCCCGAGGUUUCUUCCCAUUUGGAAAUCCCUUUCGGAUGUUAUCACCAAAGGGCUCAGAUUUAUCACCAUGGCUACUUUCUCUAUUGAACGGCUUUGAGCUACGUUUGGAAGAGAGACUAAAGAAACUUAUGCCUAAGAGCAAAGAUGAAAUCCUCACUUUAUCGUGGAUGAAGCUAGCUAUGGAGUCACUCUGCGAGACUCAUAAUAACAUAAACACUCUCAUCACUGAUCUCCAGCUUCCUGUCUCUGAUUGGGAAGAGAAAUGGGUUGAUGUUUACCUCAACAUAAGCGUUAGGUUACUAGAUCUCUGCAAUGCCUUUAGCUCAGAGCUCACACGUCUCAACCAGGGAGAUCUCUUCCUCAAGUGUGUUCUGCACAAUUUACAAUCGGAUUCCGGGGAGAAGUAUCUCCAGGCUCGGUCUUCGCUUGAUAGCUGGAGGCAACAUGUUAAUGCAAACAACCCUAGAAUUGAAAACUGCCGUGCGGUUCUAGACAGUCUUGUUAAGUCUCUGAGCCUGCCUAAAGUCAAGAACUCGCCUAAAGGAAAGGUUCUGAUGCGAGCUUUUUAUGGUGUGAAAGUUCAAACGGUCUAUAUAUGCAGUGUAUUUACCGCUGCCUGGUCUGAUUCCACCAAGGAUCUUUUCGAUUUACCUGUCUCUGAAAAACCAUUGUGGGCAAAGGUCUUUACUGAUAUGCAGAGUGUUGUAAAUGCUGAGAUCAGACACAUGUUGUCUUCCGGUAGAACCACGAUUCUCAAAGAGCUGGAGAGCGUUGAUGCUAGUGUCGAGAAGCUAUACCCGAUGAUCCAAGAUGGCGUUGAUCCUGUCGAAGUUGAAUGCUUCAAAGAUUAUGUUAUGGAAUUGGGGACACAAGCUGAGAAAUUGUCUCAAGGGUUGGAUCAGUUACUGGAGGAAGUUGAUAGUUUCUUUAAACUGACUUUAAGCGGGCGCGAUGUGUUACUCUGUAAUCUUAGAUCAAGUGACUCAAUCUCUGGCAAUGCAGUUGGAGAAGAUGUAGAAUAAAACAGUAAGGUGAACAAACAAGUUUAACCCCUACAAAAGGCAGCUUUAGGUCAAUGAAAAGUGUUUCUCUUUUUGUUUGUUUGAGUCCAUCUGCCGAGCAUGUCUCUUCGGUUUUGUGUGUUGGUCUUGUCUGUAUGACUGUAUGAAAUCAAUUCUGCAAUAUAAUAUAAAUAUGUAAUACA